GUAACGAAGAUUUGAACCCUACAUCUCUAAGAUAAUCAGGUUAAAAGUUUUAUCAAGUGAGUCAGUCUUGUUUGGUACCACGCUCCGGUCGUCUCAUUUGACCUUAAAUUAAGAAAUUUUUAAUUAGAUAAACAAGUGAAACAAGUUGAAUAAUAUAAUUAUGUUACGGAGUAUACUAAAAAUGUCAUUUCAAAUAGUCUUUUAUAUGUGGGGAAUUAUAGUCUAAUUAAUUAGGUGAUGUAUUGGGUUAUAUAUUUCGUAGUUUAAAUUUCAACAAGGAUAAAAUUAUAGACGAAAGUAGGCAACGAAUGAGCAAGCAAGAGGGAACACUGAACAGGAAUUUGCCCCUCCUAAAUUUACGAGAUUGCAAUAUCAAUAGUUUUCUAGACAACGGCAUCAAGUGAUUUUAAAUUUAGUCUAGUGGAGACGCAAUUUGCCUUUAUAAAACCAUUUUUUUUCAAAAAUAAUUGUACUAGUAUCUAUGCAAGUUUAUCUUAUUUGUAGUUAAUUAUAAAUAUCACUAUAGAAAUGAAUAUUAAACUAUUAAUCCACACAUUGUCAGAUCUUCAUCAGUAUAAUUUCAUUUCAAUUAAUCACAUAAUUUUUUUAACCACUUUUGUAUUAAAAAACCAACCAAUUGAAUAAUACAUCGAGAAUCUUUGAUAAAACAAAGUAAACUAACAAGCCUAGUUAAAAGCGCAUGAUCAUAUUAUAUUAAAAUUAAGACAGCUAACAAUUCAUACAACAACUUGAUGACAAAUUGAUUACAUGACCUAAAUAAUUCAACCUCAAAUCCUGCAAAAUCUGUUUGAAUUCAUACUUGCUCUCCAAUAACAUGGGCUAAGUCAACUAUAAGGUCUCAAUCUAGAAAAAUAUCCCAAUAAUAAACAUUUUACAUAGAGAAAAUUUGACCAUUCACACUUUAAAACAACGUUCCUAUAUAUGGUCAUAUGUUAUCUACUUGCACAUUAAUUGAUGAUAUUAUACUAGUAUACUACUAUAUGUGUAACAUUAUUUCUACAUAUUUGUUCACUCUUACACUAUAGUAAGCUCAACUUCAACUCUCCCUCCCUAAACAAAUUAAGUAGCUUUUAUUAGCGACGAUGGUGGUUGAUGGUGGCGGAGGUGGUGGUGGACUUAGUUUCGUAGUACGGGUCAUAAUGGGACGGUGGUUCAUGGUGUUCUCCACCAUCCUAGUGAUGUCUGCGGCAGGAGCCACCUACAUGUUUGGGUUGUACUCUAAGGACAUAAAAAAAUCCCUAGGGUAUGAUCAAACUACCCUUAACCUCCUUAGCUUUUUUAAGGACCUAGGGUCUACAGUAGGGAUACCUGCGGGUCUAUUGAUGGAGAUUGCACCGCCUUGGGUGGUCUUAGCCGUGGGUUCUGUCCUUAACUUCUUUGGCUACUUCAUGAUAUGGCUCGCGGUUUCUGGUCGUAUAGCCAAGCCUUCUGUUUGGCAAAUGUGCUUGUAUAUUUGCAUAGGUGGAAACUCUCAAUCAUUUGCAAACACCGGUGCACUUGUUACUUGUGUAAAGAACUUUCCAGAAAGCCGAGGAGUGGUCUUAGGGUUGCUAAAGGGUUUUGUUGGUCUAAGUGGUGCUAUCAUAACGCAACUCUACUAUGCACUGUAUGGUGGGAAGAACUCCAAAGCCCUAAUUCUCCUCAUCGGUUGGCUACCAGCCGCGAUUUCACUAGUAUUCUUACGUACCAUCCGGUUUAUGAAAGUUGUUAGACAAAAAAAUGAGGUCAAAUUGUUCUAUGAGAUUCUCUAUAUCUCCCUUGGACUCGCCGGUUUUCUCAUGAUCAUGAUCAUACUACAAAAGCAGUUAAACUUCAAAAGAAGUGAGUUUGUAGCAAGUGGUGUGGCGGUAGUCAUUUUUCUCCUUUUACCUAUUUUAACUGUGGUCAAAGAGGAAAUUAGGCAAUGGAAGAAGAAGCGAGAAUUGUUACAAAAUGCUCCUAAGGUAGAUGUCGUCGUAAACAAUGGUGAGGAUAAGGAAGACAAGGUUAAGGAGCUUCCUAAUAAAUCAACUCCUCUUGCAUCCGAUGAGGUAGUUGCAACAUCAAGAGAGGCGGAUUCCUGUUUUCAAAAUGUGUUAUGUCCUCCCGAGCGAGGAGAAGAUUACACUAUACUACAAGCACUCUUUAGCAUAGACAUGCUCAUUCUAUUUCUUGCUACCAUAUGUGGAGUUGGUGGUACAUUGACCGCGAUUGACAAUUUAGGUCAAAUCGGGACAUCACUUGGCUAUCCGACUAAAAGCAUCAGCACCUUUGUGUCCCUAGUGAGCAUAUGGAAUUAUUUGGGUCGUGUCGUAUCAGGUUUCUACUCAGAACACUUAUUAAAGAAGUACAAGAUUCCAAGGCCUCUUUUUCUCACUUGCAUGCUCCUACUCUCUUGUGUUGGGCACCUUCUAAUUGCAUUCAACGUUCGUAAUGGGCUUUACGUUGCAUCUGUGAUUAUUGGGUUUACCUUUGGGGCCCAAUGGCCUUUACUCUUCGGUAUAAUAUCGGAGUUAUUUGGGCUCAAGUAUUACUCAACUUUGUACAACUUUGGGUCAGUUGCAAGCCCAAUAGGAGGUUACAUUCUCAAUGUGAGGAUAACGGGCCAUUUAUAUGAUAAGGAGGCCAGAAAGCAAUUGGAUUCUUUGGGCCGGCCCAGGAUAAAAGGGGAAGAGCUAAAUUGUGUUGGGCAAGAAUGUUUUCGUUUAGCAUUUCUUAUAAUCACAGCAGCAACUGUUUUUGGUAUGUUAAUUUCAUUGAUUUUGGUGGUAAGAACAAGAAAGUUUUAUAGGAGUGAUAUUUACAAAAAGUUUAGGGAUGCGGCCGUAGUUGAGGAGGAUGAGUUGGUAAAUGGCGGUGCUAUGGUGGCAACAAACGGAGCGAAAAAGGGGGAGACGACGAAGGUUGAAAACUAAAUGUGUUUAGUUUGGCAAUUUUUCGAAAACAUAUGGAUAAUAUAGUGUAAUGGUCAUAUAUUAAGUACAUUAUUGAUGCAUGAAAUGCAUGGUAGACUGGUCUGACCAAGAAGAAGAGCGAAAUAUAUCAUUUAUGUCUAGUGAAUUUUUAAGAAAUGACUAUUGUAACGAUGGUGAGUUAAUAUAUAGAUGAAGAUAAAACACGAUAUGUUAAUGUGUAAAGAGAAAAUCGUUAUAUUAAAGUAACAAGUGUGACACUUUUAUUUUUGAUUUGAAGCAGUUUGUGCUCCUAUUUUGCAAUCUAGUAUUGGGUACAAUGCUAAUUUCUUUGUGAUGAUAACGCCUAUGAAAAUUACGGAAUAUCAAGGAUUAGCUGUUACGUGUUGCAUAACAGACAUAAGUCAAAUUAGAACUUUUUUUUUUUUUUUUUUUUUUUAUUGUGAGCCUCAAGGACAAGGGUGGGAAUCGAUCCCAGAUCUUCUGAAAUCAGGAGGGAAGCUUUAACUACUUGAGCUAUCUCUCACGACCUCACUCAUAUAACAUUUUAUAAUUUGAAUGUAUUUGGGCACUAUUGAUUCUUACAAAAUAAUAUUGUACAGGAUAGAAAGAAUAACUAAGUCCAAUUAAUCAUAGAUUUGAUCGAUAAAGUAUAAUAAAUUAAUCAUGGGCUUUAACCAUCUGCUUAAAUUUAAGUAUUACUCUUGUACUUUGUAGUCAUUUUAUUAUGUUAAAAUAACCUAACAUAAUUAUAAUGUUAAUCUAAAAAUCUGUAUGUAAUAAGAGUAUUAC